UACUAUAACUAUGAUGACUAUUAUUUUCUUAACAAAAUUUUCGAAAUUUAUCUCGACACUCAAGAUAUUAGUUCAGUUAAUACAGAUAAUGCUAUUAUUAAAUCUAUUGACUCAAAUAUUAAAAUUAGUUUUAUUAAUCUAUGUGCAACAAUCAAAGAUUAUUUAUUACGUUCACGUAUUAAUCCUUUGAGUGGUGUUACUAAUCCAUGUAAUUAUAUUAAUUACUAUCUUAGAAAAGAACUCAGAAAGUCGGAUUAUUCUGAUAAAGAUGGUACUUUUAAUAAUUUCAAGGAAUAUUUUAAGCUUGAUGAUGAAAUUAAAAAUAAUUCAUGUAUAUCUCAAAUGGAAUACAUUGACAAUGUAACAUUCGAGAAAAUGAAUAAACUAUACGGUCUUUAUGAUGCUUAUAAGAAUUUUUGUUACAAUAAGUAUUUUAUUCUUGUUCAAGAAAAUUGUAUUGCACUUAGUGAAGUAAUUAAUCGUUAUAAUGAUAUUAUAAAUAAUAAUGAAUAUGCAAAUAGCAUUUAUUUAUAUAAAGAAUUAAAAAACAUUAAACGUUUAAUUGAAAGGGAUCGUUUAUUUUACUCUGGUAAAUGUGAUUCAAUAUUGUCAAAAUUCACAUCACCUGAAGGUGAUGCUUUAGAAUGUGAAAAAAUCAUUUAA